AUGAUCAAAGUUUACUUACCAAUUUUUGAUUCUCUACAAUCUCCUGUGCUAACCCUGAACCCUACAUGGAGGAAGUUCUACCCCACUGAGAAAGUGACUCUCAAAUGUGAGAUCCAGACCGGUCAGACUGAGUGGAGUUAUCUGUGGUACAGAGAUGGAGCCGCUAUCAACAGUGAGCUCUCCGGAGAAGAUGAGUACACAAUCCCAGCUCUAGAUCAGUCACACAGAGGAAGAUACUCCUGCAGAGGAGGUUUACCAGGAAGAGAUGUUUACACUGAAAUGAGCAAAGAUGUGACCCUGAUUGUAGAUGGGGAGGCCCCCAAACCCCUGCUGACUCGGGACCCCCCCAGUGGAGAGAUCUUCACAGGAGAUACAGUGACCCUGAGCUGCAGGUUUGUCACUAAUCCUGUUGGCAUGGAGUAUCUCUGGUUCAAAGAUACACUGGAAGAAGCACUGACCAGCACUGACUCCAGCAGCACUGACGGGUCCAGUUACACCAUCCACUCUGCUGCAGUUUCACAUGGUGGAGAGUACUGGUGCGGAGCAAGGAGAGGGAAACCCGCUUUCUACACACCGUACAGUGACACUCUCCAGCUCAGCAUAACUGCUCGUCCUCAGGCUGUGCUGACUCUGGAGACUGCAUGGACAGAGAUCUUCAGGUCAGACAGUCUGACUCUGAGGUGUCAGGUUGAGGGGAGCUCUGCUGAGUGGAACUACACGUGGUACAGAGACGGACAGCAUUUUCCACUGGACCCCAGGGCGGACAGACUCACACUCUCCUCUGGAAACAACUCUUACAGCAGUGAAUAUAAAUGCAGAGGAAACAGAACAGGCCAACCCUCUUACACAGAGAUCAGCGAAGGAUUUAGAGCACACAUUGGUGAGUUCCACUCCUUUUUUCAGGCUAUUAAUGAAAUGUGCCUCACCCAAGACCACUUCCUCCACCACCCUUCAAGUGCUCGUGGUGAGCACAGUGUGUGA